AUGGACGCCUCGACGAUCCAGUCACUCAAGACGACGCGCUAUGUCACCCUAGCAGCGUUUAUCCUCUACAUCUACGACUGGAUACUCGUCAUCCCCCAAGAAGUUCAUCUCUUUCGCUUGACUAGAAGCUCAGUCGGCAAACACCUUUACUAUGCUAUUCGCAUAGCUUCCCUUUGCGGCAUGUCGCUCAUGAUGUACCAUACCUCGACUUUUCGGCCAGACCUCUCCCAGAUGAGCUGUAUGGUAUUCACAUGGAUUUGGCCGAGCCUUUUACUCGUGACCAUGUAUGCCUGCUACUCGCUGCUUACACUCCGGCUCGUCGCUCUCUUCCGUUCCCGCAAGCCCAUCAACUAUACUCUCUACGGGAUUCUCUUCUCGACUCUACUCGCCACCUUUGUCUUCCAGAUUCACGUGCAAGCAAAGUAUAGCUCCGUUGUAAACAACUCGGAGAUCGGCCUUUGUCUUCCACCUCCACCCCCCACGCAAGAUUCAGAUCUCGACUGGAACUUUGCCUAUUCGUUUUUCCCACCCCUCCUCGUCGAGAUUGCCCUCACACUUCUCACUGCCUAUCGUGCCUUUUACGACUUGAGAUUCUAUCUACACACUCGUCGCAUCGCUCUUGCAGCCAAGGCUCAGAACAAAGAAGGGAUCGAUAGGGAUAUAGAGGGGACGAGGAAGAAACGGCCAGGUCAAUUCGUCGCUUUACCCACCGUUCUCUAUCGAGAUGGUGCUGCAUUUUCUCUGGUUGUCAUUACCUUGAGAGUAUGGAACCUGAUCAUCUUGAUGACACAACCGCGCACGAGCAUGUACAUGGCCAUUGUCGCACUAUGGACAGCCCUCGCAACAUUGACAACGCGAAUGUAUCUCAACCUCUGCGACGUAAUCCAACGCGAACCACCACCAUCCGUACAUCCAGAGACUCGUCAAUUAGCCCUCCUAGGCGCCGCCACACGCCAUCAAUCCUUGAUGCCCAGUCGUACAUCCACGACAAUAACCGGAAACUUUCCACCAUCUGCAUUCGGAUAUACCACUCGUUUGAGCGAACGUGAUUCAAGAUCAUCACUCGCCUAUGCAGAUUAUCGACCCUCAACCGCUCCAGCAAGAUAUGGUCCGAUGCCUAGACCAAGUACAGGCAGCUCAAGUUCCGCCGCCAUGAUCAACUCUCUCUCAACAGACGGACCAUCAAAGAAGAAAAGAACACCCGCACCAUAUGUCCCAGCUUACCCACCACCGAUCAAAAGGGAAAAAAAGACCAAGGAGGGUAAAGCCGCUCGAUGGUUCGGGCUCACUUCUGAUCCUAAUUUGGCAAACUCGACGCCAUUGUCAAUCACGACAACAAUCACUACUACCACCACCACCACCACGAGUACCACAAGUCCAAUCCAAAGACGCAUUUCUCCAUUGGACACGUUGAGCGAAAGCGGGAAUGGUGUCGAAAGAGAGUUGUUGGAUGUGCAAGAAAUUUCUACUCGACCAUACGAGUUUUACCCACGGCGUAAUCAUCAUGACGAGUGCGAUUCAAACGUCUCGACGCCCAUGUCGACGACCGUACGCUUCUCCGCCUUUGAGGACAUCGAGCCAGUCGAGACGUCGGACAAUGGCCUUGCCUUCAACAUUCCUGCUACUCUACACGAGUCAGAACCUUUUCCCUCGGACAGUAAUACUGCCAACAGGACAGAACAGGUAUAA